UGUCAACAUUUCCGGAGAUUCUGGAGUUUCAGAACUACUGUUCUAAAACUAACUUUCACUCUCAGUGUGUCAUUCUCAUUUUACAACGUGUAAACAAACGCUCAAAAGAUUUCUUCUCGCAAUAAAGCUCGUUCCAUAAACACCGGAAAAUAGCUGUAAAACAUAUUUAACAUCUUUUGCGACGGCUACCAUUAAGUGAAAUAGAACAGUUACAUGGCCCCAUUGGACUAUCGCCAACAAAGACAGAGCUUAAAGACGUCCCAUAAAUUACCCCUUCCGCUUAUAAAAACAGUUGAUUUCGGACAAAAUAGCUUAUAAUUUUCACCGCGGUGGCUUUUAUACAAGUGAGCAAACCACACGGACCGUGAAAACAAUUGGGAAGACUGAAAUCGUUUUCGCAAUGAAAGAUAAUAGAGUCACGUGAUGUGGGAUCAACUGAGGCUGAAGAUGACAGAAAUCAUGAGUAGAAAUGAAUCCUUCGCAUCCUGUCCAGCACCUAACUUUCCUGCCAUGGAAGAGGAUUGCAAGGUAUCCAUAUGCCAUAAACAUGCCGACUGUGCUUCCAGGAAUCAGAGCUGCUGCUUCAAUGGCUGUAUUUUUACUUGCGUUGACAAGAUAUCACCUCCACCAGUUAUUGACUGGGAUAAUGAACCGGACGCUCCACCUUUGAGGAAAGAAGGCGAAGCAGUUCUCCGAUGUACCACGUCACCACGACCUGCACCAUCUGAACCCGUUGGUUGUCCCGCCGGAUAUGUCUGUAGAAUAGAGGAUCACGGUGAUGCCUUGGACAGGCGGUACAACUCUGGUAUUUGUGUACCAGACUCAACACCUGAUGAACACCUCGGAAAGAAUGAUCAUGAGUCAGAUCAUUUAAAAGAAAAAACAAGAAAACAAACAGUUUACCUUCCGGGUGGAUGUGUACUCAGUGAAGUUCAGUUCAAGGAUAUGCAAGAUUUCAUGACAAAACCGUACGUGAAGGAAUGUAUAUGCGUGGAAGGUUCUGUGGAGUGUAAAGUCACUGCUUGAGAAAAACAAGGAAGUGCUUUGACUGUGAUAAAAAGGACUGAAGUGUCUUUUAUGACACAAUAGGAUGUAACAAAGUGACUCGACAGGAGGAUUGAAUUUAUUAUACUAACAAUAACAUGAAUUCCAAAAUGAUGAGAAUUGUUCAGGGUAAAGCUUUCUAAACUUCUUCUACUUAGACAUCUUUUUCAGACGGAAAAUCUUUUAAAAAAGUAUGUAUGUUAAAGGCUAUGUCUUAUAGCUUACGAAGUUUUGAGUAUUUAUUGAGAUAUAAGAGACAGCAACUGAAGAAACUUUUUAUUAAUUCUUAAAUAAAAUAAUUCUAUUACCAAUUUUUUUGAUUUUUAAAGCUGGACUUUAAAAUCUUGUCAUUUUGUAAAAGGGUAAUUCUUUCUGCUAUCUGUUUUAAGGCUUAACAUGUUAAAUUGUAGUUAGGUACUUUAUUUAUGUUGCACUAGAGCUGGACAAUGGGCUAUUGACGACUGUCUAGGAAACAUCCCUGAGGAUGAUCCGAAAACAUGUCAUCGCAAUUUUGAUCCCCUGCUUUGAUAGGCGGACGACCUGCGCAAGAAGUCGAACACUUUAUGGUAGAGCAGUUUAGCUAGGACCGAUACCAAGCACCCUCUGUCCCUACGCAAGCUGAUCAAAAUGGUCACCCACCCACUUACAGAACGAAGCCAGUGGUGUGUGCUCUAUUGAGAACAGUGUCUUUCUGAUCAGUCCACUGCGGGAUGCUAAAUUGUAACAUACAUAAAAAUUAAAAUUUUGUAUUUUUAGGUUUUACAGUAAUACAAAAAAAAAUCGUGCAUAUCAAAUGCAAAUAAAUUAUACAAAGUCGUGCACAUCAAAGUUUAACAUUCCAAAACUCAGUGACCAUGCAUUGAAUUUCGAUUUCCUCCUUGUAGGUGGCAGUGUAGUUUCGAAUUUAUUUCAAUCGGUAUCAGUAAUCUCCUACUCAGAGGCAGACUGCAUUCAUUUGUAAGGCGUUUGUCGUUCAACGUGGCAACAUAUUGUUAAACUAGGAACAGCGAAUAUUCAUGUUAGGAUGCAAUUUUGCUCGAAAGUCAUAUUCUUAUGUCACUAAAGAGGUUUCGCAAGAGAAAUAUCCUGAUGCAGGAUUACCAAUUACUCAACAGUAGCAUGAUUACUUCACUGUUUAAGGUCAGCGUGGAUCAGUAACUGACGUGAUAAAUGAGUGUAGACCCACUAAUCAGAACCAUGAAAAACCUUUUCGAAUUUGAAGCACAUCACCCAAUCAUGACCAAGCUCUUAGCUCCGUUUUAAGGGGCUCCCUGUUUGACCGGCCAUGAUAGUAUUGCUAUGCAAAUUUGACCCUGUUCUUACGACGAGGACUGGUAAUCCUCUGUCCAAACUUUUAAUCUGUGGCGUAACUACCACUACGAAAAUUAAACAUCAAUUCACUAGUAUAUAAGACAUGCUAACUUGAUUCAAUCACGCACGAGGUACCUUUUGAUAGAUGGCGGUUGGCAUGGUCGAACGCCCGCACAAAUCCAUUACCUAUAAAAAGAAUAUCUAUAAAAGGAUAUUGCGUACUCAUGCUGGUUGUUUUGUUGGUUGCCAGGAUCGGACUCAUGACCCCUAGCUCCCCACCAGUGAUGUGACUUGAAGUUGAAACAAUUUUGAGUUCGCUGACCGAAACCACAGGAAAAUUGGUAAUAGAAUGUAGGAAAAGUAAAAUUUAGAAUGUGAACAAGAAAAAUUGCAUUUUGUACUUUUUUAAUAAUCCACAAUGCUUGUCACCUAAAAUCUGGUAAAAAGAAAACGCAUUUCAAUCGCGAAAGCAACAUUUUAAAUAUUUGGUGCAAUGUCUAAAAUUUUGUCUGCUAAAAAACGAAACAUUUCAACCGAUUUCUGUGAUUAUUUACCAAAAUAUAAAUGUUAAGAUACUCCACCAGAAAGUGCUAUAUUUUGUCGUUCUCUACUAAAAACUACUACUUAACUAAAAUAAAAUUAUUCUGACUCCAUUUUUUCAAAGANAAAAAAAAAAAAAAAAAAAAAAAAAAAAAAAAAAAAAAAAAAAAAAAACAA